UCUGUCUUCGUCCUCGACAGUCGACGAGCCGCGGUUCCGCUGACUCGCUGGUCUCGGCGGUUUCGGCUGGUCUAUGCAAAGCAGGCUGGCAGCCUGCCGCGCAUGGUGCCGCGCCUCGCUGGCCGCGCUGUGCGUUGUUCCGGCCGUGGGCGUGCGAACGGCUAGUCCACUGGUCAGUCGCUCGCGGUCCGCGGUCCUUCGCGCUCCGCCACUCCGCGGUACCCCAGUGUAGGGGGCAUGCACUCUGUGGAACGCACGAGGCGAACGGAACUCAGGGAAAACCGCCGCCGGGCGCCUCCACCAGGCCUCGACGGCGACGCGCCAUGCACGCCGUGCUCGCCAUGCGCCUCGACAGCCUCGAGUCAACGAGUCAACUAGACUGGCGCCCGCGCCCAGGUCAAUAGCCAUCCCGCUGCAGCGUGUGCUGCGUUGUCGCCGAGUCGAGCAUCGCAUCGCAGCCGCGCCUCCGCAAGUCUCUCGCGCGCCCCGCGCCCCGCUCCCGCGCUCAGUGUCUCCGCGGCGGGCGAGCAGCCAGCACCACGAGCACCACGACCGCCACCAUGACGGCCUCGUCCUCCGACGUGACGGAGUCGGCGACGACGAGCGGCGCGAGCGACAACAUGGACUGGUCGCAGGAAUUCUACACGACGGCGCACAGGGCCGCCAAGAGUAGCGGCGAGGUCCAGCGUCGCUUCGCGGAGGGGACGUACCUGCAGGACACCGCCGCGUACGCCCUCCUGGCCAAGGCCAAGGGCACCAAGGGCGCCAAGGGCUCCAAGGUCAGGCGGUACUGCGUGCGCUGCCGGCUGCACGGCGCCCGCGUGGAGAGGCGGGGCCACACCUGCCCCCACGCCGCGUGCACCUGCGCGCCGUGCACCAAGCACAACAUCAAGAAUACCGUCAUGGUCGCUCGCCACAGGCUCUCAUACAAGUCCAGGUGGGCAAAGUCUGACCACGACGCCGUGGAGGCCGUGGCCCCCGUCGAGGCCGUGGCCCCCGCCAAGGCCAAGACGCUGCCGAAGACCAAGAAGAAGGUCAUUGGCACCAAGCUGUUCGGGACCUGGGGCCGAAAGCAGCGAGCAUUGCAUCGGCAGCGCCAACAGCGCGCUGUGCCGACCAAGAAGGCCAAGAAGGCCAAGAAGCCGACGCCCACGCGCUGCAGCAAGGCAGACAAAGCCACCAGCUUCGCGCCGCCGGGGACUGCGGCGGAGACGGAGACGGACUGGACGGAGUCGCCACAGAACUUCCGCGCGCCCAUCGGCACCUACCUGCACUCCGUCGGCCACCUGUGCAGGCGGUGCUGGCGGCACGGCGAGACGUCGCGCUACUACUACAACAAGCAGGGCAGCGUCCUCCACAGGGCGGCCUGCCGGUGGCGAGAGUGCGUCUGCGCGCUCUGCCGCGACGAUGCGAGGCACCACAUCAUGGUGCGCUACCUGCAGGCCCAGGUGGAGGUACCGGUGGGCGCCUCCGCCGAUCAGUGCCCCAUCACGUUCGAGGUCUGCAAGUGGCGGCUGAUGCGCGGCUCGCUCUUCGACGGCGUCCGCGACGCCACCUCGGACAUGGCCACCGUACCGGGGCUCUCCGCUGCGCUGCUGCCGAUGCUGGAACGAGCGCAUCUGGACGGGUCACCGGACAGCGGCUCCAGCGGCAUGUCCGGCACGCACCAAGGGCCCGUGCUCCAGCUGGGCGGCCCGGGUGGCUCGCGCGACGCCGACGACGCCGACGACGCCGCGGCCAACGCCAACAUCGAGGACUUCGUGACGGCGCUGAGACGCUGGGCCGCCAGGAAGGUCGGUUUGCCCUUCGACGAGCAGGCCGCCGGACCUGCACAGCCUGCACGGGGACACUCCCCCGCGGCCGCCGCCCUCACCGACCAGCAGCCCGAGGCCGUCAAAUGCGAGCCCGACGUCAGCGACUUGCUGCGGGCAGCGGACCUGAAGCACGAGCCGUCGGUAAAGGUCGAGGACGUGGAGGCCGACAUGAGAGGCCUCUCGGUGGCCGACGCCAACGACGAAAAGGUACUCGACUUGUCCAAGCCGUCACGGGCUGCUGCGCCCACCUUGCCGGGCCUGGGCGGCCUGGGUGACGAGAAGCCGCCGCCGCCGAUGGCCGAGGCCGAGGCAGCCGCCCCGGAUCAGCGAGUGCUGGCGAGGCUGUCCAUCUGCCUGGAGUGUGACACCGUGGUGGACACAGAGAGCCUGCUGACCGUACACUGCUGCAGGGUGGAAGUGACCCCGGCGGCCGCGAGCACCGCGACGACGACGGCGAAGGCGACCGCGAAGAAGAGCACGAAGACGACGACGAAGGCGACCGCGAAGGCGACCGCAAUGGCGACCGCGACGGCCAUGCCGCCGCCACCACCGCCGCAGCAGCAACCGCGUCGGCGUCGACGUGCGCGCCGCAAGCUUGGGGACGCGAGCUCGAAUUCUGCCACCAAGACAGCCCCCUCCACGCCCAGUGCCGGUGCUCCCGCCCAGUCCGUCAUUGUGCACACAUCGAACGUCGCACGCUCGUCUCCGCCCCGGGAGGACUCCCUGGACGGGCAGGUGCACAGGACCGCGGCCCGCAUCGCCUGCGAGGACUGCGGCGACCUGGAGUUCCCCUCGCGGAUGGCGCUGCUGGAGCACCGCGUCGAGCAGCACGCCCGCCACCACCUGUCGUGGACCAGCCCUCGGCGCGGCCCCGCGCCCUGCCUGCUGUGCCCCGCCGCGGCCCACGUCCUCAUGACCCCCCUGGAGCUGGACGAGCACACCCUCGAGGCGCACGGCGGCCAGGGCGCCGUGGCCUGCCCCAAGUGCUACUGCUGGCUGCGGGACUUCGACUCCGUCAGCGAGCACCUGCGGCUGCGGCACCGCCUGCCCGGCUCCUCCAUGGCGCCGCCACUGGCGUGGGCGUGCUGCAGGGAGUGCGGCGCCGAGAAGCCCGACCUGCCCGCCAUGCAGCUGCACCAGGAGCGCCACAUGCGCGUGCUGCCGCUCUCGCGGCUCGAGUUCAUGGCCUCGCUCAUCCAGGAGGUGAGCUUGGCUCACAGACUGGACGCGCUCGACGCCAUGAGCCCCGCUGUCCCCUGACUGAACCUUGCCUGAUUUAUUCCAGUACUACGCUAAAUACUCUAUCGAAUGCUCAUCGAAUGCUCAUGUUUUUGUUUGUUUGUUGCUUGCCAUGCGUAGUACCUUAGGAUAGUGAUGGACCAUUUUGUUUUGAUUUCCCACUUCGUAUGCAUUUUGUUUCUAGUGGUAGUUCAAGAGGGCAUUUUCAUACAGCCUGAGGCAGAAGCUUUUUAUUUCGUUCUUCUCAGGAAAAAAUUCCUAAUCAGACUUAUUUUUGUUUUUAGUAUGAACAUGAUACAUAUUGAGCUUGACCAAAGCAAACUGUUAGUUUUAAGUGAACGUACAAAGUUGCAAUAUUUUUUAAGUCUAAUUAUUUUUUUUAUGUUUUGAUAAAUAAAUUUACUGAAUAUGAA